CAUGGAAUGUUCUGUAGCAUCGGGAACCCGUGCUGCAUGGUUGUCAUGACCAGCUAUCAUUGCGUGAUUGCCGGCCCCCUCUUACCUAGGAAGGUCGAUGUACUUUUUCAUCCAACCAACCAACCAAUCUCAAGUCUAUCUGUCCUUGACCGAGACAUAUAUGGAUCUAUAUCGUCCGCAUAAACAAGUUAGAUAGAAUCGGAUGGACCGUAUUUCUAUUCCGUACGCGCGUCUAGAAGCCCGGGCAACUGAUUUUAUAACUGUCAGGGCCGAUUGUAUCAUCCCGCCUUUAUAUAUCGCACAAGUCUAGGGUCCGCUUGGCAUGCUCCCAUUAUCUUUAAAAGCUCGCGAUACUGUAUCACGGUUCCGAUUGAUUCUUGUGCGACUACCUUGAGAUUCGUAUCGACGAUAUUCUCUCAUGAAGGAUCAAAAAGUCUCCUUUCUUCUAUGAAAUAUCUUGGAAUUGAAUAUAUGCGGAUGAAGCUUUAAUAAACAAUGGGGUUCCCAAAAUUUUGGGCCCGGUCCACCACCACGGAGGUUCCGGCGGCUGAAACCAAUCCAUCUAGUUCUGAUAUCUCGGUUAUCCAUGACGGCAAUCUCGCGUAUACCAUCGAGAAGGCGGAAAAUGGGUCAAAGCCAUCUUACCAAGAAGCCGCCGGCGCUCCCGUCGAGUCUCACUCGCCUUUAGGAUAUCACGUUGGUUGGAUAACGGUGAUUUUCCUAAAUGUUAACCAAAUGAUCGGAACCGGUAUCUUCUCAACGCCCGGAACAAUUCUGAGCAGUACUGGCUCAGUUGGACUUGCUUUAAUUUACUGGGCCAUCGGGUUUUUCUUGGCGGUUACAGGCUUUAGCGUUUAUCUCGAGUUGGCGAGCUAUUUCCCGAACCGAUCUGGAUCUGAGGUUGUUUACCUGGAACAAGAGUAUCCGCGACCGAAACAUUUCUUCCCAGUCUCGUUCGCGGUUUUCUCCGUGUUGCUGUCUUUCAGUAGCAGCAACGCCAUUGUCCUGGCGCGAUAUAUAUACCAGAUCGCUGGCACCACAGGCACAGACUGGCAGCUGAAAGGCGUGGCGAUCGCUGCCUACACUAUAGCAACUCUUUUCGUGGUCGCUCAUAACACGUACUCGCUCUGGCUAUCAAACCUUCUCGGCUUGGUUAAAAUCAUUACCCUCAUCUUUAUCAGUAUUACCGGUCUCGUCGUGCUGGGUGGAAAUGUUUCCCACAUCUCUGACCCGACAGUCAACUUCCGUAACGCAUUUGAAGGGACGACAACCAACGGCAACGACCUUGCUGUGGCCCUAGUCAACAUCAUAUUCUCAUACGCGGGAUAUGCGAACGCAUUUAACUUGGUAAACGAGAUCAAGAACCCUAUCCCAACGUUGAAGAGGAACGGUACCAUAUCUAUUCUCACGGUAGGUACACUAUAUAUGCUCUGCAAUAUCGCGUACUUCGCUGCAGUCCCUAAGGACGAAUUCGCCAAGUCUAAGGAAGUUGCUGCGGGUGUCUUCUUCAUAACGGUAUUCGGUAAAGGUAGAGCUGAACAGGCACUAAAUGUGCUGGUCUUGCUGAGUGCUUUUGCGAAUCUCCUUGCUGUGGUUAUUGGCCACUCGCGAGUGAUACGUGAAAUUGGGCGACAAGGCGUAUUGCCGUGGACUGAGUUCUGGGUAUCUACUAAACCUUUCGGAACCCCAGCUGGGCCGUACUUGUUGCUAUGGGUAGUGACUUUCGUCAUGAUCGUCGCUCCACCUGCCGGAGAUGCGUUCCAGUUCGUUGUGAGUCUGGCUACCUAUCCUAAUGGCCUGUUUACUCUGGCCCUUGCGGUUGGGGUGUAUAUCAUCCGAUACCGACGCAAGCGUGCUGGCCUACCAAGGACGGAAUUUAGAGCCUGGGACAUCGCUGUUAUCUUCUAUAUCCUGGUUCAAGUAUACACUGUCUCAGCACCGUGGAUUCCUCCGAAGGGCGGCCCAUAUGCUGGCACAGUAUCUUUCUGGUACGCUACAUACUGUGUUGUGGGUAUCGCCAUCAUCCUCUUGUGCGGCAUUUACUACAUCUUCUGGAUGUUCAUACUACCAAAGUGGGGAAAAUAUAAGAUCCGGCCGGAGAUAUUGGACGUCGAUGACCACGGCGCAAACACACACCGUCUGGUAAAGGUGCCCCUGAGCGAAGUAGAAAAGUGGGACGAAGAACACGAUGAGGCUGGCCGCUUACGGCGGAGACGAGUUCACAACUCGGAGAGUCUUUCACAAGGCGAAAGCAACGAUCUGGGGCCGAAAGUUGCCUAAAUUGACGAGCUGUUCACGGCGUUUAUACCAUAGCUAAGUCGACCGCAAAUCGAUUGGUGCUAUAUACGUUACAUGGCGAUAUAUUGUGAACAUGUAACCAAAUUUACUCUAUACACUUAGGUACCUAUUAGAUUGAUCCUUGACUUCUCUCCUAGAAUUAUUAGAAAGAGCUGUAAUUUUUAAUGUCUGAACGAUUUGUAUGUUGAUGACAGGUACAUGCACCAGUUCCGAGGAGAUAUUUUAGACCUAGACAAACAUGUGACGG